AUGCUCAAAACAAGUGGAGAGAGUUGUCGAAAAAUAAUACCAGGUAUUUACAAUGUCCCAAAAGGAAGAUUUAGUACCAAGCAAUCGCCAAUUACAUCCCAUUCUUACAUAGAUGAUGAUUUCUUAUCGUUGAACAAGGAAGAAAUUGCUAGCCAUGUGCAAGAUUUGGGGCCAUAUCCAUCAUAUUCAAAUAUCUUGAAUCAACAUCACUUUUAUCAGAAUGAGGUUUUGAUGAAAUACCUGAAGAAAGAUCCGCAUCCUGUGUCGCUUCGACAAUUGGCAGGUUUUGGUAAGAAGCUCAGCAAGCAGAAGAUUGUACAUAGUGCUAAUUUUGUGAGGCUUGAAUUGCCUAUAAGGUUGGCAAUGAGGGUCAGAGAUUUGCAGACGUUGCCAUUUGGUAUAGCUAAUAAUUUUCAUUUGGGUCAAAUAUAUGAAAGUUAUUAUCAUCUGUUCAAUGCAUUUAGAAAAAUUCCUCCCAUUAAUACGCUUGAAGAUAAUGACAGAUUCUGUGAGACACUUUCUUCAUUAUUGGAUGACCAUAUAUUCAACUUGUCUCACUUGAUGAUGGGGGCAUUAGAAAUUUCCAUAUUGACCAAUUUCCCUAGGGAGGAAUUAGAUCGGUUUAUGAGUACUAUGAUCAGAUCACGGACUAGUAGAAGAGUUAUUGUGGAAGAGCAUUUAUCGAUGACUGAAAAUUACCGGUCGCUGCCUAACUCCAGUAAGCCUCCUGACUAUAUUGGUGAACUAUUCCAAAUGUGUAAAGCCAGUGAUAAUUUUCAAGAGGUGGGGGACUUAAUUAAAAACUCAAUGCUUGAAUUUUAUCCUAAUAAAGAGAAUAUGCCUGAUUUAGAAAUCGAAGGUGAUGUAGAUGCAAGUUUUCCGUUUAUGGUGCCACAUUUACAUUAUUUAUUUGGGGAGAUCUUGAGAAACUCAUACGAAGCAGUUAUAAAUACCCACAAAGGAAAAACUUCUAAAAAACUACCACCAAUUAAGAUUACAAUCAUUGAUUCAAAAAAGAACGUCCUUUUUAGAAUCUCCGAUCAAGGAGGUGGUAUGACUCAUGACAAAUUAUCAGAAAUAUGGUCUUUCGGAAAAAGCCCUGAAUUUGCCAGGAGAAGUUUGGCUAAUUUCCAUAGAAUUCCCGGUUUACAACUUUAUUCCAACUUGGAAGUCACUGCAGCAGGCUCGUCUGUUAUUAGAACUCCAGAAAAUGAUAAUUUGCUAGAACACACAUCCUUGGGAAAUAUUUCUCCAAAAAAUAAAAAGUCUACCUUGGACAGCUUAAUUAUAAGGCCUCAUGAAUAUAAGUUAGGCUUAGGCUUGCCGAUGUGCAAAAUCUAUGCCGAUUACUGGAAUGGUGACUUGCUGAUGAAUUCCUUGGAGGGUUAUGGUAGUGAUACUUGUCUUACUUUAAGUAAAUUAGGAUACCAUUCCAAUGUUAUUCAAUUAGAUAGAGCAUAG